CAUCGGUCUCCGCGCUUCUCCGCCUUGGAAGAUUCGAAACGGCGCGUCUCGUUGACUUGGCGGGUGCAUGCGCUACCACAUCCAUAGCGCGCCUCGAGCGCACGUACCAGCCUCCAUGGCUCCUCAUACUUAAGAGCUGCCUUCUUGUCUGUCAGCGAGCUCCCUCUUCCACAAGCAGCAAACAGCUCCUUUAGCGCGCAACUGCCGCAAGCAAGAUACAAUGAGUGCGCGACUUCCUGAGCAGGUCGACGUCGUCAUCGCCGGUGCUGGUCCCGCCGGCACCUCGCUCGCCGCCUCGCUCCUCAACAAGGGUGUGCCGUCCUCUCGAAUCCUCGUCGUGGAAAGGAGCACGGCGCCAAAGCCACGGAACCAGUCACGCGCACUGGCCAUUCACGCCCGCACCCUCGAGCUCCUCGCGGCCGAGAUUGACGACCAGGACAGUCCGCUGACGCACACGCACGCACGCACCGAUGCCCAGGGCAACAUUCAGUAUGGCGAUGCCGUGGGCGUCAGCGUCGACGAGCCCAUCGAGCGGCCGUGCCGGAGCGCGACGCACGAGAUUGUCCGGCGCGGCUUCCUGGCCAUGAGCAUGUCGAUGUGGGAGAGGGACAUGUCCAAGGGCAAGAUCAUGGGCGUCGACAUGUCUGGGCUGCCCUCGAGGUUCAGGCAUGUGACGAGUCUGGGCCAGAUCUACACCGAGGAAAUCAUCGCGGCCCGCUUCGAGACGCUCGGUGGCCAGAUCCACAAGGGCUGGUCCGUCGAGGACGUCACAGUGUCCCGGGACGAGGCGGAGGCUCAGAGGCCUGUCACUGUCACGCUGACCAAUGAAGAUGGUGUCGAGGCCAAAGUCAAGUGUUGCCUCAUCGUUGGGGCAGACGGCAGCCACAGCGUCGUUCGAGAAAAGGCCGGCAUUGCAUUCGAAGGAGGCAGAUGGAACGAGACGUUUCUCAAUGCCGACGUGGUUGUGCGCGACCCUGCCUGGCCUUUCAGCCAGGCUUCGGGGGAACGGAACGGGCGGAGAGGCGGGAUGAAUGUCGUCAGUGAAGACGGAGCACUCAUGGUGAUCCCACUGGCUGGUGGCGGACUCAGACUGGCCGCCGUGACGGGGUUGGAAGAGAUUGAUCGGUCCAUCGAGGACGCGCGCAGGAGGUCCACCAAGCAGACGACAUCCGAUGUUCUCGUCGAUGACAACCAGAAGCAGGACCGAGGCGGCCACCUUGUUGAAACCAUCGACCUGGGUGCGGACAAAGUGCAGACAGUUCUCGACCUGCUGGGCCCCUCUGUUGAGGCAGACGCAGAGACGAAAGAGAAGCCCAGUGACAUCACCAAGAUCGUCUGGACCUCGGCCUACCACGUAGCGCACCGCAUCGCCAGCGAGAUGUUCAAGGCAGAAGCAAGGACGGUCGUAAUUGGCGAUGCAUGCCACACGCAUUCGCCUAUGGGUGGUCAGGGUCUCAAUGCUGGCGUGACAGAUGCUCUACAGCUUUCCCAGAUCCUUGCACCAGCCAUCCUGAACAACAACCUGGCGUCUGUCAAGGACUACCCCCGCAUCGAAGACGACCUUUCGGUGUGGUCGGUCCAGCGCCGAAAGAAGGUGCAGGCGAUUGCCGGCCGGGCAGACGCGAUGCACCGCGCGGCGAGGAUGCGCGGCAAGUGGUUCAACUGGAUUCGCAUCUCGCUCUUCCGGCUCGUGGGCAACUUCCUGGGCAGGAAAAUGGCAAAGGUCGUUGCUGGCUUCGACUAAGUGUGUCAUACGCAAUCAGUACCUGUCUUAGAAGAUACCAGCUUUGGUCUAGAAUGCUACGAU